AUGGCAGUGUCAGUUUACUGCAAGAUAAGAUGUAAAUCAAAUAAAUAUUUCUUUGUCCCUAUCCCUGUCAUCCCUCCUCCCAUCUGGACACAAGACAUAUAUUUAGAAUAUCAGCGAGAGAGAUGGGUGGGCGGGGCUUGCAAAAGAAUCAACGUGCCUUUAGCUAGAGACUUACUACAUUCAUCGUUGGAAGAGGAAGAGAAAAAACAGAAAAAGAAAUGGCUCGUUCAAAGUCCAAAUUCUUAUUUUAUGGAUGGAAAAUGUCCAGGUUGCUGCAGGAUUGCCAGGGUUUGUAGCCAUUCCCACGUGGUGAUGCUUUGUGUAGGUUGUUCAACAGAGUUGUGCCAGCUGAUGGGAGGAAAGGCCAGGCUCACAGAAGGGUGUUCAUGUAGAAAAAGCAACACUAAUGAUCCCCACAACUUCCUGAAUUUGGGUGGUAUCGCAGAAAGCCUUAUUGGUUGUGUAAUUCUAGUUAAUCUGUCAAGAUAA